AAACUAUAAGUAAAAAAUAAACAACAUGAAGGGAACGAAUAUGCUUCUUUUACUAGUCCUGAUAAAGUGCUACAUUCAAUGCGUAGCUACUGGCUCGGCGGAAGGACAAAAAGCACAUUUUCAAGUACAUGACAAAAAACAGGGGACGUUGAGUAUCCAUGCUACAAAAACGCAGGCUAAGAUAACCGCUACUGCAGAUUCUGUUCAAAUGGUAGUCGAUCCUGGUACCGAAGAAAUCCCACAAGACUCUGUAUCCUCUGCCAAAAGAGAUGAAAUACGAACCUCUCACAAACUAGUGACGAGUAGCAAAAGAAAAUCUUUUAAAAAAUUUCAACUUAAACAAAAUGCGAUCCAUCGAAAGAAAACAUCUAAAACACACGAUAUAAACGCAUCAAAGAAAUCGAUCGUCGAUAAAGAAAUGAGGGUUCAUGCUCAAUCCGGUGCGAUGCAUGUUCACACUGACCAUAAUUAUACAGCUGUUAAUUCGGAAUCAGGUAAACUUGAAGUAUACAUCAAAAAUCCCGAACAUUAUACAGACCAAAAAGUAGCUACACAUAAUGACAAUAUUCGUGUCAAUGUGCACACGGAGGAAACUUACAAGAAAAGUCAUAUGCUGAAAACACCCAGGAAAUUGCAUAUUACUAACGAUGUUACUGGUUUAAAAAAGUCCAUUGUAAACACAAAGAGAAAGGGCGGGAAACGUUCAAAAAUGACGCCGUGUCUCAUUCCGCCAUGCUCUACUUAACUUGCUUAAGACACUCAACGCACACAGGUUCAGUCCAAAUAUAAAAAGCCUAACAAGCCCUAGGGAAGAGGACGCAUGCAACUUAAAAUUAGUUCAAAUACAUAUUUUUAGGCUAAAUUACAUGUACGUAUUUUGUAAAAUAUCAGGACUUAUGGUCCGCGUGAAAAA